UUUUUAAUUUAUUUUUUCCCUUGCAUCUUUCUCGAUCACUUUUCUCCACUUUCCUUGCUCUCGUUUUUGCGAGACGACCAUCGGCGAGAUGUUGGGCUUGGACGUCUGCGAGUUUGGUGGACAGUUUCUCGAGCUGCUCUGGUUAACGGUGUGUUACAGAGGCCUCAUGGCGGAUAAAGAGAGCACAGCAGUUCCUGUCACUGAGGAGGAGGAUGAACGUGAUCUAAACUACCAGCCUCCAGCUCAGAAGAGCCUGCAGGAGAUCCAGGAGCUCGAUAAGGAUGAUGAAAGCCUGAACAAGUACAAGCAGACUCUGCUGGGAUCAGGACCUGUGGUGUUAGAUCCCAGUGUUCCUAACGUUCAGGUGACGAGACUGACGCUGAUGUGCGAUCAAGCUCCUGGACCCAUCACUAUGGAUUUAACAGGUGACCUUGAUGCUUUGAAGAAACAGAACUUCACUAUGAAGGAGGGCGUGGAUUACAGAGUGAAGAUCUUCUUUAAGGUCAAUAAGGAGAUCGUGUCUGGGCUGAAAUACGUGCAUCUGACCUACAGGAAAGGGAUACGAGUGGAUAAAGCCGUGUACAUGGUGGGCAGCUACGGGCCGCGGGUGGAGGAGCACGAGUUCAUCACUCCGGUGGAGGAGGCUCCCAAAGGCAUGAUCGUCCGAGGCUGCUAUCACAUCAAGUCUUACUUUACAGACGACGACAAGACAGACCACCUGUCCUGGGAGUGGAACCUGCAUAUCAAGAAGGAUUGGGACAACACAGAGUAAACGGGCUGCGUCCCAAACGCACCUGCGCCACACGCACAGGUCCUAGCGCAUGUAGGAAAGGCGCACUGAGAAUGGGGUUUGGAUCAGGGUUGGGUUAAAAAACAAAACAAACAAAAAAAAAAAAACGGCUGAGAGUCAAAUCGAUGCAAACAUACAGUACUUCAAAGGGAUGUUAACGAAACAGAACACAACACAAAGCAAGGCAUUAGCGGAGACUCAUUUGCUAAAGAUCACGCUGUAUAAAUGACAGAGAUCAAUUCCUUGUGCCCGUACGUACGCUCAGGUUAGUCCGUGUCUCUCUGAACUGUAAAAUGUGUGUAAUUAUGAUGUCUGUAAUUCUUGCGAUGCAUUUAAAAAAAAAAGAACAAAAAAAAAGUUCCUGCCGGAGCUCGAGAGCAGAACCGUGCAUGCCUCAGUGUGAAGCGAUUGUGCAAGUGGCUAGAAUUCUGUCCUGACGCUGUACUCAGACGUUCGUGAAAACCUGCUGGGUCCAGACUCGCGUUCCAAUACUGGUUUUAACACGCCCCUGUCGACUUCCCCUAGCGUGUAAUGGGGAGCGGAAUUUUUAGGAAAAGAAUGUAUUUGACCUUUGAGCACAAUGUUACUGAAUUAUAAUCAGUGUCACCUGCUAAAUUUAGCUAGCUGGCUAACAGAGUAAAUUUACAUCAGGUGUCAGUUUUAGACGUUUCAACAAAAAUCUGAUAUACGGCCAUACGUGAACAUACGCACCGAGGCGAAAGAAAUUGACGUAAAGUAAAAUAAAAUAAAAUUGAUCUGUGUAGGUUUUGUAAUUUUUUAAAGAGUUUGUUUGGAAAUCUAAAUCUAUAAAUAAUCCAAAAACAAACAAACAAAAAAAUGACAUAUUACAUACAAGCGUUGUUUAUAAUAGUCUGACAGUGACGUGUCAUUUGCAAAAGAAUCGACUCAAAAAUUCGACUCUAUAUCUGAAGAUUAGGAGUCGAUUCAGACAUUUUCCUUUUUUCUUCUUUUUUUGUAGAUUUCCGAAAUAAAUCACUUUGGUCAGAUUUUUCAUUUCUUUGUAACAUCUAAGUCGUUUUUUUUUUUUGGUCAAAUGACUUUCAGUGCUGAAAGAGUCAACUCUCUUUAUGCUGAGCCGAGUCGAAUGAUCUGACUCACUGAAAAGAUCUGGAAUUUCUCUUCUUAAUAUCAUUACAUAGUUAAUUAGUUAUAUAGUACAUAGAUGAUAAAAACUUUUUUUUUUCAACCUAUAAUAGUGUACAUACAAUAAAUGUAGAUUAAUAUAUUCAUUAACAACGAUCAAUAUAUUUAUAAAAUAUAAGGAUGAUAAAUGAAUUAAUGCAAUUUCCACGCAUAUCACUCAUUACCUUUUUUUUUUUUCCUUUUUUUAAAAAAGAAAUUAAUGUAUUACCAGAUGUAAGAUUGUUGUAAUAUAGAACUUAGGUCCAGGAUUUUUAACUCAGGGCUUGUGAUUAAAUCAGUGAAAAUCAGUCUGCAGAAUUUAUAAAAUGACUCCAUCCACUCAUAAGUUAACAUGAUUAUAAUCCUUUAAAUUAAAAAUAGUUUGCAUUAAAAGACCUUGAAAUGCAAUCAAUGCAUGUACAAACUACAUAGAGCUCAAAAAGUGUAUGUUGUACGGCCAUAUGUCAGGUUUCCUAUAAUAUCAGAUAUUAUAUUUUUUUAAAUGUUAUUUACUCGAUCACGCUCAUGUUUGUAUUCACAGUCUGCAUUCUCAUCCUUCAUCCUGCAUAAAAAAAAAAAUUUUUUUUUUACAUUCCAUCACGUCUCCAGUAAAUUCCGCUCCUAAAUCCGACUCUGAAGUCGAGGAAGUCAACAAGGGCACAUUAGAAGCAAUAUUGGAACGCAGCCCAGUGCUGACUUUAGACGAAGUGUGCUAAAUUUCCCUUGUGCCAGAGUUUUUUCCAGGUUGUGUGCAUUUAAUUAAGGGUAUAAUUAAAUCCACACGAAAUCAUGUGACAAAAUUCAAAGCUUCCUUUCUGCCUUCUUUGCUCUUGCAGCGUCAAACGAGCUUCUUAUAACUCUUCCCCUUGAUGAUAUUGUAAAAAGAAAUAUUAAUAAAAAAUGUUUUUUUAAAUCCCAAUUUUCAUUCAAGUGAUCAUGUAUCUCUGUGUGGCCUCUUCAUGUCAUAAAUCAUCAAAUCCACUAUGAAUAUAAAUGGUCACAUGUGCCAAGCUGUGAAAUAUUACAUGCAAAAUCAAUCCCAUGACUCCAAAGGACAACAUUUAAAAAUUAAUAAAUAAAAGCAACAUUAAAGAAUAUAUAUAAUGUGUACUGAUGUAAAGCAAUCAUUUUUUUGUACAUCCUCAAAAUCAUUCAAUAAAAACAGAUUAUUCCCCCUCAUGCUUUUCUAAAAUGGCUGUAAUUACUUCACUAUUUUCAUAACUAGAUGUAAUCCUGAAUAUCUGUAAACUGCAUGUUCUUUUUUUAAUGCAACUUAAAAAAAAAUUGAAAGAUUUUUUUUAAUUCUGUGGAAUCUGUGGAAAAUAUUGAAAGCAGGGAUGAAGUGAUUGUAUGGAUCUGGUCUUUGGCUUGUGAUUUCGUGGCUAAAAGAUCAACAUUCAAGGUUUACUGUACAUCUUUACAUGCAUCUUGCAUUUUUACAAUAAAGUCAACCGAUAAAGCUUG